CUCUGAAGUUUGUUUAUAGCUUAUAAAGUUUUUGUGUUUGAUUUUUUUUUAACCUGAUGGCUUCAAACAAUUUGAAAAAAACAAUGUGAUUUUUCUGUAAGCCUUAACUAUGAUCCUAAAACAGAGCAGCUGUUUGAACUUGCUGACCAAAUUUGCAGAUAGCCUGAACAUAUGCUUGAAUUUUUAAAAUAUAUUUAUUUUUUACUCUCAGACUGUUAAACACCACCGAGGCUGUAGGUUAAAGAAUAAGAACUAAAACUGUACUUUGAAAAAUAAUUUAAUAAAAUACUCAGUUAUGAUCCAUCAGAUUCUCCUGUCUGUAAUGACAGAAACCUGAUUUUAAUAAGACUGUUAACUUGCACAGUCAACAAUCUUUCCUGACUUCAACUAGGUUAAAUGUUAUUAAUAUAGCACCUCUUUUCUUUUAUUCUUUCAGUCUGUGCUGUGUGUUAACCACAAUGUAUUUUCUCAUAGUACAGUUUCAUCUUACUUUUAAUAAUCAGCAGCUCUGUUGCCAGUACACUUAUCAGCAGUUGUAACUGAUUAGAUGAGCUAACUUAGUGAAUUAAUAACCUGCUUAUCCUGAUUGAUAAUGUUAGGAGAAGUGAAUCCAGAUAACAGAAAGAUACCGUCCGCGCAUUAAACUUGCUUUGUAGUAGAGACCUAUGAGGAUGUAUUUAUGUUUAGCCUUUUGUUGAAAUCUGAUAUCCACAGUAUAUACUGUGCUCUGUCACAAACUAUUGUACCUCUGUUAGAUUGAAUUUCUGGCCUAAACUGCAUUUGCCGCAAAGAUGUUGAGAAGUGUUCUCAUCCUCACACACGUUUGUGUGGAUCAUAUGUGGCCAUAAGAGAAUAAAGAGGGAGCCAUGAUCCUCCUUUUGUUCCUAACUGGUUCUGAUUUUCUGAUUCAGCAGACUUUAUACGACCCUGUGACCCCUGGUUGCCAGGGAGCGAGAGGUGGGGCCAUGGCUGCGGGGACUAGGGUCGAGGAGAACCAGCUCCAGAGGAUUAUCCGAGAUUUGCAUGAGUCUGUUGCAGAGCUUGCAAAGGAAUACAGAGAAACUGGGGAGCCAAUCACAGAUGACAGCACCAAUCUCCAGAAAUUUGCCAACAAACUGGAGUACCUGCUGCAGUUUGACCAGAAGGAGAAGACCACAUUUCUUGGCACAAAGAAAGACUACUGGGAUUACUUCAGUGAAUGCCUGGCUAAGAUCAAAGGAGCCAAUGACGGUAUCCGCUUUGUCAAAUCCAUCACUGAGCUAAAAACUUCUCUGGGGAAAGGAAGAGCAUUUAUUCGCUACUCCCUCGUACAUCAGCGACUGGCUGACACGCUGCAGCAGUGCCUAAUGAACCAGAGAGUCACCAGUGACUGGUACUAUGCAAGAAGUCCCUUCUUGAAGCCUCACCUUAGUGUGGACAUCAUCAGUCACCUGUACGAGCUCAACGAAGUCCAGUUUGACGUGGCAUCAAGAGGUUAUGACCUUGAUGCCUCCUGGCCGACUUUUGCAAGGAGGACACUGGGAAGUGCAAACUCACCUGGCCAUAUGUGGAAACCACCCAGUCGCAGUUCCAGUAUUAACAGUCUGGCCAGCUCUUACUCCCAGCAAGCAUCUGAGUUCCUUUCCAGCCCUGACUAUGGUCAGGGUCUGCUGAAUGACCUGAAUGAGUCGCUGCCUGCCUGCAGAGAAGAUGUCAGUGAAGUUGAAGAACUUCGACUUGAGCUUGACCGUUCAGAAUUGAAGCACCGAGAACUCCAAGAUAAGAUGCAGCAGCUUGGCGAGGAGAGUGAAGAGCUGAGAGGAGUUGUUGUAGAUCUGCAGAGACAGCUGGAUGCAUCGCUUACACUUAAUGAGCAACAAAAAGGCUUGCAAGAAAACUUUUAUGCUCUGCAGCAGAGAGAGACGGCUUUAUCCAGAGAGGUAGAAGCACUCAGAACUGGGGAACAAGCCAAGCAGGCUGAGCAGCUGCUGCUUCAGGAAAAGCUGGCUGUUGCUGAGGGGAAGAACAUAGAGCUCAUGGCCAAGAUGGGCGGGUUUCUGAAUGAGAAGGGCCAGCAGACGGCCAAAUCCUUUGAUUCUGCACAAAAGAUACACGAGUUGCUGGACAGGUUGAAAGAAGCAGAGAAAGGGAAGUUAGAAGCAGUAGCUGAGGUUGAGACGAAGAGGAGGCAAACAGAAAGGCUAGAGGAAGAGCUUAGAGUCAAAGAGACAUCUGCAAAGGAUGCUGAAACAAAACUCGGAGCAUUACUUUCGUCUGUGUCUGAGGAGAAAGUCAAGUUGGAGGAAAAAGUGGAGGAGCAGUGCUUUACAGUUGACAAGUUGCAGGGGGCCUUGGUAGUGAAAGAGAAGGAGGCUAGCAACCUACAGAGGCAACUGCAAGACCUCCAACGAUCUCUAGAGGAGAAAGAGAAAGAGGUAGUAGAGGUGAAGAAGAGGGCACAAGAAGAUAAAGAUGAGAUGCAGAAAAAUAUUGGUGACUUGAAAGAGUCUUUAGAAGCAGAAGUUGCUUCCCUUAUAGAACAGCUUAAAAGAAAAGAGGUGGAGCUAGCCUCCAGCCUUGAGACACUACAACAGCUGCAAAGCAAGAACCAGGGUCUGAUCACAGAGAGAGACAAACUGAAUACUAGGAUUGCUGAGCUGGAGGAGAAUGUCAAAGAACAAGCUACGAAGAUAGAAAACGGCAAGACAGAGUACUCCGAGCUAGAAAAGGAGAUGGCAGAAAACAGAUCGGUGCUUGAGGCUGAAUUAGCAGCUUUAAGAGCUUCUGAGAAACAACUUAGAAGCCAGCUGGAUGACACCAAGGUGACAGUAGAUGAAAAAGAAAAGCGACUGCGUGAAGAGAACUGUAAGCUGGAUGAAAGUCUGCAGCGAGCCACCAUGGCUGCAAAGCUCUCAGAGACCACAUUGAAGCGUCUGGAGCAGGAGAAUCAGAGUCUGAGGGAGGAGCAGAACACUGGGAAAGCAGCUCUUAACCUCAUCCAGGCAGACUUGAAGAAUGCUCAUGGACAAAUUGGAGAAUUGGAAAAAAACUUAGGAGCUUCAAGCAAUAAUGAAGCCAGUCUUCAGGAACAGCUCCAAGUCAAAGAGGCCCAGCUCGAGAGUAAAGAGACUGACCUUGUUAAGUUGCAGUCCAGGCUAAAAGAUUUGGAGACCAGGGAGAAGGAACUUGAGAUUGCCAAAGCUGAUGCUGAAGCCACCUGUGCUAAACAGAGUGAAAUGCUUAAAAGUGUGACCUCUGAGAAGCAGUUGAUGGAGAUGGCGCAGUUGGAGAGGAGUGCUGUCGAAGCCAAGGAAAAUCAGGAAAUAAUCGGAAAACUAGCUGUGGUUGAAGUCCAGUUGGAAGUCAGGAUGAAAGAAGUGUCCAGACUCCAGGCAGAAGUCCUGGACCUUAGGGUGCAGGUGCAGAGGUCUGAGGAAGAAAAGUUAAAGUUAAAAGCACAGCUGGAGGUGACAGAAGCCCAAAGAAAUGAGCUCAGGACCCUGACUGAGCAACUUAAAUCCCAGACAGAGGCACUGAAUCAGAAGCAUGUUGCAGAGCUCGUGGAGUGCAAAAAGAAGGAAGAGGCGCUCAUUGAAAAGCAUGAUCACGAAGUCGCUGCUCAUGCCGAGCUAGCCAUAGCUGCAGCCGCCAUGCGAGAAGAGUUGUCUACCCUGAAGGCAGACAAUAGUAAGCUAGGUUUAGAGAACAACGAGAUCCGCGAGGGUUUGCACAGGGCAAACACCGAGAUGGCAGAGCUGGGGAUGACCAUCUGUAAACUGAGUGCAGAAAAAGAGGAGGUCAGAGGGCACUGGGAAGGCGAUUCUGGGAAGAUUAUAGAGCUGGAGAAAGGGGUUGAGCGACUAGAGAAGUGUAUGGAAGAACUACAACUGGAGAAUAACAGUUUAAGAAAGGAGCUUACACAGAAAGAGGCACUUCCGCAGACUAUCGUGGAGCUCCAAGAAGAACUGGAAAAGACUAAAAACCAAGUGCAAACCAUUAAGGACUCAAACAAAGAGGAGAUGGAGGCCAUCAAGUUCCAGAUGAGCUCAGAGAGCAUGAACUAUCAAGUGCAGAUAAAGAGUUUGAACGAACGGUUGGACAAGGUGACGGCCGAGCUGCAGGAGGAGCAGAGGAACAAGUCCAGCUUGCAGGCUAAAGUUUCUGAACUAGAGGCUGAGAAUGAGGAAUGCUUGCACCUAACGAGAGAGAAAGAUGCUCACAUCACCAAGACAGAAGCAACCAUUCGUGAAAAUGAAAGCGAGAUUGAGCAACUCAAAGACGCAGCAACCAGGGCUGAAGAAGCACUCCUGGCUGCACAAAAGACCUGCGAGGAAUUAAAGGAGAAAUUGAAGACGGCGGAAGCUGACAAACAAAGCAGUCAUCUGAAGAUGACCGCAGAGAUCGAUGACCUCAACAGAACCAAGACGAACCUUGAAGAGCGGCUCAUCGAACUCUUAAAGGACAAAGAUGCUCUGUGGCAGAAGUCUGAUGCUCUGGAAUUUGAGCAGAAACUGCGAGCAGAGGAGCGUUGGUGGCUGGUGGAUCAGGAGGCCACCAACUGUCUCGAUUGCAAAGGCCAGUUCACCUGGUGGCUGCGCAGACAUCAUUGCAGGCUCUGUGGCCGCAUCUUCUGCUACUACUGCAGCAACAACUAUGUUGUGACCAAGCAAAGUGGGAAAAAGGAGCGCUGCUGCAGGCACUGCUACACCCAACAUAGUGCAGUGGUGGAGAGGUUCACGGCAGCAGAGUUAAGCCCCUCGGAUGUGCAGCCUCCUCCACCUGGAGCUGGACCUCAACCACCUCCCGAACCAGCUCCAUACAUACCAACUCCCAGGGUCACAGUGUCAGAUCCUAGUAACACAUCUGAAGCUUUUGACAUCAUCACAGAAGAGGAGGUAAAUGGUGUGUACGACAGUGAUACCACCUCUCAGACCACUGCAGGGUCCCUGGAGGGAGAACAAGACCGCAGGCAUCCAGGAGCGCUGGAUUUAAGCACAGGAGAAGUGACCCCUGAUGACGAGCAAGUUCCCACUGUUCAGGAUUCAGAGAUCAACCUUCUCAAAUCAGGAGAAGUCACGGUAGCUGUCCCUCUCAGCAUUGAUGAUAUCUCUAAGUUUGGUGAGAGUUCCCGGGAGCUCUUCAUUAAGUCCAGUAGCUACAGUGUUAUUACUGUUGCUGUGAUUGAUUCUGGGCCAACUAUAAGCUGGAUGUUUUCCUCCGAGCCCAAGAGCAUCUUCUUCAGCGUGGUUUACCGGGAGUCCACUGACACUCCGGUGCAACAGUCAAAGGUCCUGAUUCCUCUCACUCGCUGCGUUUCCCAUAAAGAAACCAUUCAAGGACAGCUGAAAGUUCGGCAUCCUGGUCUCUACACCCUUAUCUUUGACAACUCUUUCUCUCGGUUUAUCUCCAAGAAGGUUUUCUACCAUCUGACCAUGGAGAAGUCCAUAAUCUACGAUGGCAGCGACUGCCCAUGAAACUCACUCUCACUCUGCCCCCAGAGACGUCAUCCUGAUGCCACUGUCAAACCUAAAGGAGAACUGACAUUAUGGCUUAUCACUGACCACUUCCACUUUUGUUUCCAAAACCAAGUAUAUUAUUCCAAAAAAUGCUCUUUACCACUUUAACAGUGCGGUGUUGGUGUUUUGAGGUAUGUUUAUUGGUAAACUGUGGCCUAUGCAAUAUUGUCAAGAAAGGUUUUAGAAGGAAAAAUAUCUAUGCAACUUUUAGGGUAUUUAAAAAAAAUACAUGCACCAAGUAAUAUUCAUGGCUUUAGUUCAAGUAUAUUUAGUUAAUUAAGCUGGAUUUUUUGGGGGGGUUUGCCAAGUUUGGUAGUCUAAGGUGUAGUUUUAGUUUUGCUUCUGUUUUAGCAAAAAUGUUGUUGUGUUAAGGAACGAAGGUCACCGCAAGUAACACUAAUAUGACAUUUGAUAAGAUUGUUCAGAAGCAACAAAUACUUAAAAGUUGUCUAUGAAGACAGAAUGAUUUUCUUUUCUUUUUUUUAAAAUACAAUUUGUGGUUAUUUUUAAAUGUUUCGUGCAAUCUUUAUGGUGCAAACCAUUGGUUCACUUUGUCACUUUUUUGAACACAAGAAAGAAGCGAAGCAGAAAUGUGUUUAGGGGGCCUGGAAAAAGCAGUUACUGCUCCACAACAUGCCAUAAGCACUUUGUGCAAAUCUCAGGAGUUAGAAAUGCAAUUGUCCUUUAAGGGUGCAUGCCCCAUUUUAUGUUUUUGGAAAAUGUAUUUUUAAAAAAUAGAAGACUGCCAUUUUGCUCUCUUUGUAUCCAGGUUAUGGAAUAAGAUGAAAUAUAUCUUCCUAAUUAGUUUGUUUUAUAAAUUACUUGCAAAUUUUUAUUUUAAUUGUGUUGCUUUUAUGAGUGAACUGCAGCAUGGGGACGGGUAAGUCUUAUGAGGUACAAAAGAAAAAAAAGAUUGAACUAAAUUUAUGCUGUUUCUUCUUUACUGAGUCUUUGCAUGACUCUAACUUUAAAUAUGUUGCUGAGUAGUGACAGGCUACUGUACUUUCUAAGUGCCUUGUAAUUCUAACUGUCAGGGAUGUUUGAUGUUCAAAUUACACAUUUUUAGUUGUGUUGUCAACUUAGAACACAUCAUCUGGUAUGAAUUGAUAUCACUCUGUUAACUGAUACUUAACUAACUUUCUGUGUGAAAUGGCAUCUAAGUCAUGUUCUGCACAUUAUACUAUAUUUUUUAUUUUAUCGGUGUAAAUGUCUUUUUGCUUUUUCCCCCUUAUGAAUCUCCGGAAUCCUUUCAUCUUUUCUCUGGAUGAUACAUUUUUUCUUGUGAUGAAGUAGGAUGUUCAUUUCUGGUUUUUGUUUGUUUGUUUGUUUGUUUGUUUGUUUCUGAGCAAGGCAAUAAGAAAUAGCAACUUUGGUCACUUUUGAACACAGCCCUACGGUCUGGGUCAAGCAAGUAUGCUGCUUUUUGUAGAGGCCUGUUUCUACUAUAGUCAGGUCUCUUUUUAUCAGCUUUGAUGGGUGUAAUUGAUGCAAAAACUAUGCAAAGAAGGUGUUUUCUUUACAAAGCUGCACUUUGUGAAAAAUAUAUUUAAUUUGUUACAAAUUAAAUGAAAAUCUGUUUUUAUUAUCUUUUUCAACAGUGCACACAGGGACAGAUUUUUCUACUAGCUGGUUUUGAAUGAUUACUCUGGGGGAAUGAAUUGUGUGGUAACCAAUGCUACAGAGACUUGAGUGUAACUAAGAGACCUGUCAGACAGCCUACAAACAUGAAUAAAAUGAGAGAAAUGA